AUGUCAAUUAAGGACGACACAAAGAUACUUUAAUAAUUUUUAAAGGAACUUCCUCACGAUAUCGCUGUUAAACACAUAAAGACUGUCAAAGCAAUAGGUAAAGCUGAAAAGUAAAUACGUCAUUUUAUUAUAGUAUUCAAAGCACAAGAGUAUUUAGAAGUACAAAAUAAUUAAGUGCAGUAAAUGCGCAACUUCACAAUACUUUGAAAUAAUAAUCCGAUUCUUUAGGAGAAGAGGUUAUAUAAGAUGUUAAGGAUGAAAUAAAUACACUAAUAUAAACAUUGACACCUAAAUACUAACUUGGUGACAAACUUCAAUUAGUGGAUGGAAUUGAGAAAAUUAUUUUUGCCGAAGAUAAUACUCACACAACCGAAAAAACAACAUUUUAAGUGGAAGAUGGUAUUGUUUAUUUGAUUGACAUAUGGGUAAUAAUUAUAAACAAUAUUUUUAGGCUACAUGGUGUGGUCCAUGUUAAAAUCCUAUGGAACAUAAUUAAAAGAUGUUGGAAAAGAAUCCAGAUUGGCAGAAUAAGGCAAAGAUUAUAGCUAUAUCUGUUGAUGAUGACUCUGAUUCAGUGAAAGAAAGAGUCAAUUCUAAAAAAUGGAAAUCCAUAGAACAUUAUAGAUUUGAGAAGGGAUGGGAUGACCAAAACAAUCUUAUUAAAUAUCUUUAACUCAGAGGAAUUCCAUUUGUUUUACUAAUAAAUAAGUGGGGUAAGAUUGUCUAUAUGGGACAUCCUUCAAAAGCGAAUUUGGAGGAAAAAAUAAAUAAAGAAAUUGCAGCUGAAAAAGAAGAAGAAUAAACACAAACUCAAGAGAAGGCAGCAGAAAACAAUAACCAAUAGGAAUUGCUGACAAAGGAAUAAUUCAAAUAGGUAAAAGAUAAAUUAAAGGAAUUAUAACCUGUUCUUUAAGAUGCCAAAUUUGAAGGAAUUGUACAACUAUAAUUACAGAAAGAAAAUCAAUGGAGUCAUGAUGGCUCUAAGGAAGUUAAAAAGAGAUCUAAACUCGAACUGAGUUAUGAUGUUAAUGUUGCAGAGGAAGAAAAAAUUACUGCAUUCCUUUAAAAUCAUUGGAAUCAAAUCCCAGAGGAGUUGAGAGUUGUAAAAGAAUCUAAAAUCAGAGAUCCUUAAAGAUAAGUCAAGGAGAUCAAAGCUAAAUUCUAAUCACAUUUUGAAAGUAAGGGUGCUACCAUCUCAUUCCCAACAACUUAAAUUACAAAUUUAAGUUUGAGUUAAGAUAAAUAAGAAAUAACAGGUGGAGAUAGACACAGAUUCGAUAUCAAAUGUGAAAAUCUGACCUUAGAUACCUAUAAAACUGGAUUGGAUGAAUUGAGAGAAUUCACAGAAUAAUUCGAAGAUGAAGAGAACGAAGAAAUUAGAGAAACCAUUGAAAUGAUUAUUGAAGGAUUAAAAUCAAAUGUUACACUUGGAGAAGGUAAGUAAUUCGUCACAAUUGACAAUUACAAGAAGUGGGGAUCUGAUGAAUUCACUUCUAUAGAACAUACUUAAGGCCAAGUCUUAGUUCUUGAUUAUUGGGCCAAAUGGUGUGGUCCAUGUGUUAGAGAAAUUGCAAAUAACACAGAUCUUAUCAAGUAAAACUAAGAUAAAUGGGGCAAGGCUGUUAGAUUUGUCUCUUUGAGUUUGGUCUUGGCAGAAGAAGCUAAAGAAUUCAUGGACACUCAUUAAGAAAGUUAAUAAUACAUUGAGUUCUAUUUCCCCAAAGAACAAAGACAAAAGGAUGCUACUUUGUAUGGUGUUCAAUACAUUCCUCAUUACAUUAUUGUAGAUAAAUUCGGCACAAUUAGAAAGGUAGCUUCAGUAGGAAACAUGAAAGAAGUUGUCAAUGAAUUGAUUAAUGAAGAAGCUCCUAAGAAAUCUCUCGAACAAGCUUAGCCUGUUUUGUUAGGCCAAGAUGCUAUCACUUAAAUCAAAGCCAUUCUCUAAAGUGACGAAACUACAGAUUUCAUAAAAUCAAUCGACCAAUAAAAAGUGAUCGCCUUUGAUCUUAAAAUCAAUUCAAAAUAAGUAGGAGGAGACCAAUAUCAAUUUGAAACAGUUUAACUCAGUUAUUUUGUUAGAGACACUCAAGUGGAAGGUCUCUAAACACUUUUGGCCAAACUUUAUUAAAUCAUUCCUGAAACUAGUUGGAAGAUUGAUAAAACAAUUUCAAAGACCAUUACAAUUAAAUAUCCAGGAGCUGUUUGUGCCGUAUGCUAAAAGGAUAUUUCAAAGGAUGCUUAAUAAUACUAUUGCCACUUUAAGGAUGAACACGUUUGCACAGAAUGUGCUGAAUUUGAUGAUGUAACUAAAACCGGAAUGGAAAGAUAUAAAUAUCAAGAUGCUUUAAUAUUUAUUAAUGGCCCAUUAUCAGACUUAUCUGUGUUAACAAACAUAGAUGAUCACAAAAUUGGAAAGAACUUGAAGUUGAAAGAAGGUGACAAAGCAGAAUAAAGUCAUCCUAUGAUGUGUAAUGGAUGUGGAGGAGGAGCCAAGGGUCCAAGAUACAUUUCUCUCAAUGCCAGACCUGGAAGAUAUAGAGGAGGAGUAUAUUUUUAUUCUAUUCAUUUAGGGUUACAUUGACUAUUGUUGCAAAUGCUUUGCAGAAUUAAAAAAUAAAGACUCUGAAAGAGCUAAAGAAAUUGUUGCAAAAGAUGUUGCAGAUGGAAUGACUAUAGAUAGCUUAUUCACAAGAGUCCUAUUCAAUUAUGGAGGUUACCAGGCAUUUUGAUUAAUCAAUAUCAAUAACAUAAGGAAAUCAUUAUUCAAUCCAAUAAAUCCUACUAUUAAUUUACCUCCCCUUUGUCUUAUUUGCAAUCUAUUAUCCUGGUUUUAUUAAAAUUUUAUUUCCAAUAAGCAAAC